AUGUCCAUCCAUACUUCUUUCUUCUGUGUCGGCUUGAUGUUUGAUGAGCACGGUGUAUGCCAGACAGUCGCUGAGCAAUGCAACGACCAUACCAACCUUGUAGCUUGGCUGAAGAAUACCGCCAUCCUCAAAAAGAAGGUUAACGGACAGCGGUCCUGGGAAGACAAACGCAGAUGGACUCAUCGUAUCCUCAUUGUCAUCCGCUCAACUACUCGGUCUCCAACCUCUUGUCGGUUCGUCGACAAAACUUUGACCAGACGCCCUGUCUCACUUGACACUCAUAACUUGCUCUGGUAUGUUUUCAUCUUCCAUGUUAAUCUCACACCCGCUGACGAGAUGGCGUCAGUCGCUUUACUACGUGCAGAGAUUCAAGAACCCGCUGAUGCACCACCCAUACCCUUCUUCUGGCAAACAGCAAUCUGGAAGCAACACCGGUUGAGCGCUUCAGUAAUCGACUGCUCCGACUUUCGCUUCGCAAUCCUGAACAGUAGCCUCGAGCACCAGAUUCAACACUUGUACGAUUACAGAGCUCUUCCGUUCCUCAUUCUGCAAAUCUACAUCGAAGAACUCUUGAGCAGCAUUGGAAGAGCAAAGAUGUCCGAAUACCGCAUUGAACCACCUCCGACAGUCAUCGAAAAGUACAAUCACCACAUCAAUCUCAAACGCCAAUGUCUCGCUUACAUCCCUUUCCUCUGCUGGCUCAUCGACUUUGAUGUCUUGGCUGAUACAGUGUUCGCCUGCGAGGCCUGUUUAAGAUCAUGUCUGUUGCACGACACACCCAUCAUCCAAGCAACACUGAUCUAUGCAGACCAAGAACUCGCUCAUCUCAACCAACUCCUACACUUCCAACUCUGUUGUCACCAUCCACAUCUACCACCUCCUUCACCGCCGGCUCCCAAACCACCAACUCCCAAACCUCCUACACCCAAGCCUGCGACCCCCAAGCCGCCACACAACCCUUGCUGCAACCACUGCACGCAUCCCAACCAUCCAAACCAUCUUCCCCAUCUCUCCCUAACCCUCGUCCUCCCUCUCAUCCUCUCCCUCCUUCUCUUGAUCCCUCUCCUCCUUGUCGCCCUCUACAUCCGCCACAACUGGAAGCUUACAUGGCUCUUCUACAUCUUCUCUCUGGCAUUCCUCUGCCAUCUCUUCAUCCGCCACUACAUACACUCAUCUCUAGAGCACACCCGCAACAAUAUCUCAGCAUGGGUGACUGAAACGAGAAAAGCGAUUGUUGCGGCACUGAUCUUGAUUACUGUGUUUUUGCAAUGUUGA